CAUUCGGACCAUUCGGAUUUCAAGUUAGUAUUUGUGGUCAAAAGAACGAUCAUAUUUGAUUUUGAACGAAUCAAAAUGGAUGCUGGGUGUGAAUGAACUAUGUACUGAAAAACGAACAGCUUUUUAUCGAGUUGUGUCGUGGGCCCGAUUAUAAUUGGGAAUCCGGCGUCGCGAUUUUGUUUAGGAUUUAUUUAAGCAGUGACAAACCAAAAGUGUUAUAUGAUCAAGGAUCCACCGUAAUAUCGUUUCAAUUCAGAAGUCACCGUGUCGGUAAUGUGUUUAUACGAAAGAUUCGGUGGAGCCCACAAUCCGCAGGUGGCAUUAGGAUGAGGACUUUGACGGAUAAAUUGUAUGUCGAUCCGAAUUCGCGAGUGUUUGAUGCGACGUCGAUCCCCAUUCUCGGUGCGACAUGGCGAGAAGGUUCGGACUAAAGUGUCGCUCGCGUGAUGUAUGAGCGGUCAGACAUGAAAUGCAUAUACAGGAAGGAACAAACACAACUCUGACAACAUGUACCAAAAUGACAGAGGAAGUAGACAGAAGACAUGGCGUGAAUGGUAACAGCAGUAGUAAGGGUACUAGUGAAGAUGUUCCUGUGAACAGUUCAGCUCUCACUGCUACUGGUGGGAGGCUCAAAUUCUUUAAAGAUGGAAAGUUUAUUUUGGAGCUGGUGCGUGGAUGCGCACGGGAGGGCGAGCGCGCGGGCUGGGUGUCGGUGCCGCGCAAGACGUUCUGGCCGCCCGCCGCCGCGCCGCCCACGCCGCCUGCGGCCGCGCACCCGCCCUCCGCCUCGCUGUCCGUGUCCGACGACAACAGCUCCGUGCAGUCCUCGCCCUGGCAGCGGGACCACUGCUGGAAGCAAACCGCACCGCGCAGAAACAUUUCCAAAGAGUUAGCCAUGUACUAUUGCAGACCGAGCACGCUUCACACGGCCGCCAUAGAGGUGGCCAGCCGCCUCAAGCGGAGGAGACCGUACGACACCACCCACCUGGAUGGUGUAGUCAACGGUACCAGUUCGAAAAGAACUCUGACCAAUGGUGUCUGCGACAAGAAAAACGGUGACGUUGGCUCGCCAGAGAACAGGAGUAGUCGGAGUGAGGACGUGGUCGACGGUGCUCCUAAAGCCAAGACCAACUCCGACGACGAUCGGUGGACGGAAUACGACCGAGAGAAAUACUAUCAUAUGAAACUAAAGAAACCGUAUCAGUAUCGUAAGUUAAGGGUGUAUAAAAAGACAAGACCGCCGAUAAGACGUAAGGAGUUGACCAAAACAAUAAACAAACUUCGCGAGAGAAUCUCUUCGCUGCCAGCGCCGGUCAACGCGAAGUUAGCAAAUUGUAGGCAAGAGCACAUGAUGGUGUCACCGAGGAAACGCAUCCUCAGGGAACUGGAGAGAGUGAGCCUUGAGGACCAGGGCAUGAAGCGGCGUGCGAAGACUGUGCCCGCCUUGAGCACGGCGUCGUAUCCGCCGUCGCCGGGGCCGAGCCACACUGCGCAUAAGCCAGCUGUAGAGACGCCAGCGCGCUCUCAUAAUGGAAACGUACCUCGGAAAGAACAGCCCGUUUCCAAGAACGUAAGCAGCUAUAGUAUACACUCGCUCCUGAGCAUGCCGGACGACAGCCCGACCCGGAGGUCGCCGGAGCCGAAGCGGUCGCCGCAUUCGCACCCGCCCUCGCUCAAGACCGAGUCACCGUCGAGCGUGAACUCGCCGGACUUGAGCCCCAGCCCGGACAACUACCGCUACCGGUAUUCUGCGCUGAUGGGCUCGCCGGGGCCGGGCGGGCUGGCGCGCGACUCGCCCACGCCGCCGCCCGAGCUGGCGCGCUACCGCGGCUACGGCGCGCCGGCCUCGCCCUACGGCGUGCGCGCGUGGGGCGGCGCCGCGCCCGCCGCGCAGUACCGCGGCUCGCCGGCGCGCGACGACUGGGCGCGGGACGUGCCCUACAUGUACCCGUACUCGUACGUGGGCCCGCACCUGUACCGCUCGGCGCCGCCGCUGUGGCUGCAGUACCCCAUGUCGCCCGGCGUGCCGCCCGGGCCCUGGGCGCCGCUCGCCAUGCCGCUCGCCAACGACCACAUACCUAAGGAUGAACCCACUUCAGAUUUGCCGCUCAAUUUGUCGAAACACUGAGAUUCAACGGCGCUGGCGCAAGUCUGACACGUGAGACUGAACACACAAACAAACAUUGUUUUAUUAAAUUCGGUCAAUUUCGCUUGGUCGUGCGUGACACGUACGCCGGGCACGGCCACGCCAUGUGCAAACCUUUCACGUGCGCUAUAUAUGUAUCAUGUAAACGCGAUCUAAGACUAUAUCAAUGUAGCGUAUAGGCGAGUCAGCAAUAACAUGUUAGUAUGAGGUAUAUGAAUGAUACACGUAGAAGACAAGUCGGACAGGAGGCUUGUGGUGUCAUGUCGUCAAUAAAAUUGUCCUAUGAACAUUCCACUGUCACACUACGAUUGGCGCGUGAAAAUGUCCAAAAACUAGAUCCCACCUAACCAGCGUUUGUGAUCGCGCUGUUGCGAUUAUUAUAUAUAUUGUAACUGUAGCAAAUAUGUUUUGCAAGCUCGCAAAAAUAUUUUUGUAUAGAUUGUGGUUUUCCGACUGAGCACUCUGAUCGGGAUCUAUUUACAAACUAAUGUAUAUUACACUGAAAUAUUAUAUUUUAGUAUAGAUGUAUGUAUGCAGAGUCAUGUGUGUAUUUUCAUACGAAAUAUUUGUACUGCGAGUUAAAUAUUUUAAUAUUGGCUAUUAUUUUAGGGUAAGGUUCUAAGAUGAUCUAAAUAAACAAAAUACAGUUAUCAAUUGUUAAAUUCAGUGCCUUGAAAGAAAUAAAGAUAUUAUGAUCAUAUUUAUAAACGAAAGUAUUAGGACAAAUGUUGGCUUCGUCCAAGUUUACAUUACAUACAUAGGUACUGCUAUAUAUUCAUAUAAAUAAAGUUUUAUACAAUAUAAUAUUUCUAAACUCCUGUUCCUUGUUCAUUUGCAAAAUUCCAUAUGUUUAUGUUCGAUCUCAUUAUUUAAUUUAGAAAAUAAAAUGAGGUAAAGACUACAGUUUUGGGAACAAAUUUGGAUGUGUGUUUAAGUAACAUGUAUAAAAUUAAGAGACAUUGUAUAUAAUUUGUGAAUGGUGUAUUAUUGAUGGAAGUUCGGGGCGUAGAUAUAUCAGAGCAUUAAUCGUUUACGACUUAUCAGUAAGGAGUUUAUUACCUUCAAAUAAUUAUUGUAAUUGUACAGUAUUUUUAUAACGAGUAUUUUAUAAUGUUUAUGUUGAUGACGGGAGUCUGUCUUGCAGCGCGCGUCGAGCGCGAGGCAGUGCGGCGCCGCGCUCGCCUCGCCACGCUUUGAGAUUAAAACGUAGAGCUAGAUUUACUGCAAUUUUAGUUGAAGUAUGGGGUUAUGUAUUAUAAGAACAGUUAAAUGACGGUAAGGGACUGACUUCUGAUGUAAUAUUAUCAUUAAUGGAACUGUAUAAAAUAGUUAUAUAAUCGAAGGCCUACUGUAACGAUUGUGUUGUCCUCCAACUAAGUUGACUUAGUGUAAAUGUAGCUAUAAUACAUCCUGCUCAAUUUAACUCUUGAGGGAAUAUAGGGAACAACUUUAUUUCAAUGUUGUAGUGGCCGCGGGAGGUAGCUGUAUUUUUUAUGUUAAAAAUUGUGUGUUGUUACAUAGAAAUGAUUGAGUACAUGCUAUCCACUCGUCCAUUAUUUUAGACUCAGAUAUCUUACGCCGUGGGUUGUGUGUACUCGACAAAUUUAAAUUACUUUCUACUUGUCGUUACAAUAACAAGAUUCCGUAUCGUGGAAUGUGAUAACGUUUCGAUGUCUUUGCAUUUUUUCUAUCAUCUCACUGCCUCUUGUUACAUGGUCCAAAGAACGUAAACUCCGAUGUUUAAUCCAUAGUGCUUCCGUUAAUUGUUGUAACUUUAUACAGAUUCUUUGUACUAAACCCGAUUAUUUUAAUGAGGCAAAGUAUAAUACUAACCUAAUAUUCGUUGAAUUUGAUGGGAUGAUAGUAUUUUGUAAACAUGUUAUUACUAAUUAUCUUUGUUUACUAUUCCCGGCGGUAACAUAAUGCUGUUCGCCACCGAUAGGUAAUAAGAACGAGAGAACAGUCAAGUACAUUUAAGUGCCAUUUGACAACGCGACAACUCUAUUGAGGACUUUCACUUUUUGUGGCUGAAGUGAAAACUUCGCUGUUGGAUUUAUUAACGCUAAACGCUAUAUUAUAUAUAAAUAACUUCACAGCCACACUGGCGGCUAUAUCGCUGGCGCCACGACUGUGCACCUCCUCCUUAGUGUUGUCGGUCACAAGCUUUUAUUUAAGUAUAUUUUUAUAUGGGAACAUAGAAAAUGCAGACUUCUCCCAACUACAACAUUGUUUUACCGCUGUUUUAAGCAAUUGCUAAAAUAUUUUUCUACGCGAAUAUGUAACACACAAACUUGAAGUAUGUGAUAGUGCUUUCAAAAUAAGUGAGACGCAACAUGCAGGUGUCUUAAAAUCCCCCUAAAUCAUAUUUAUCAUACCGAGAAAUAGUUAUUAUCCAUUUAUAUUAAGAUGUAGUUAUUACUCGAAUAAAUAUAACUUUUUAAAAA